AUGACAAGAGUGACGGCUACUGAAACAGAACAUGACGGUAUGACGUCACAUGGUGACAUGACGCACAUAAUGACGUCAUAUGGAAUGACGUCACAGUUGAUGAAUAUGAGUUCGAGUGUCGAUAAUAAUAUGGUUGUGAUCAGGAAAAUUUUGAAGGAGACGCCACUGAUCGAUGGGCACAACGAUCUGGCGUGGAAUUUAAGAAAAUUUUUGAAAAACCAGUUACGUGAUUUCCAGUUCUCUGAUCUCGGUAUGACUAAACCCUGGUCGAAUAGUGUUUGGUCUCAUACUGACCUUAGAAGGGCCAAACAGGGCCUUUUAGGAGCACAGUUUUGGUCAGCCUAUGCUCCAUGUUCUUCGCAAUAUUUGGACGCUGUUCAAUUGACUUUAGAGCAAAUCGAUGUUAUCAGAAGACUUAUUAGUCAGAAUAAUAAACAAAUGAGACUGGUUACAAGUGCUGAUGGUAUUGAAGAAGCCCAUCGUUUGGGGUUUCUUGGUUCUUUAAUUGGAGUGGAAGGUGGUCAUUCCAUUGGAAAUAGUUUGGGAGUCUUGAGAUCAUUUUAUGAUCUUGGAGUUCGAUAUUUGACGUUGACACAUACGUGCAACACUCCAUGGGCUGAUUGCUGUUUAGCUGAUGAGCCAGGACGUGUCCCACAUAUUGGAGGCCUGAGUAAUUUCGGCAAAGCUGUUAUAAGAGAAAUGAAUCGUCUGGGCAUGUUGGUGGACCUGUCUCACGUGUCCCAACGUGUUAUGUUGGCAACUUUGAGACAAACGGAAGCCCCUGUUAUUUUUUCGCAUUCAUCAGCCCAUCAAUUGUGUAAUAACUCCAGGAAUGUCCCUGACUACAUUCUCAAAAAACUGGCUGAAAAUGGUGGAAUUGUUAUGGUUGCAUUCUACCCACAUUUUGUCAGCUGUUCUUCAAAUGCAACUUUAUUAGAUGUCGCAGCACACAUCGAGCAUAUCAGAGAAGUCGCAGGAAUCGAUCAUGUGGGAAUAGGAGCAGGAUAUGAUGGAGUUAAUUUAGUGCCAAGAGGUCUAGAAGACGUCUCAAGAUAUCCUUUUCUAUUCCAACAUCUUCUGGCAACUGGCAGAUGGUCAGAAAUGGAUCUAAAAAAAUUGGCAGGACAGAAUCUGUUGAGAGUGUUACGACAAGUAGAAAACGUUCGAGACAGAAUGUCCAUAGACCAAAUUCAGCCCUUAGAUGUAAAAAUUCCAGAACAAGAUGUUCUAGGAAGAGUAUAUUGCAAAUAUGGAGGAAAAAUUACGUGA